UUGACAAAAAUGUAACGGCUCUAUUUUUAAUUGGCCAUGUUACCGCCUCAUACGGCAUGACAAUCGUCUCCUCAAUCGUGUUUAUGUUACUCUUGUUUCUAUAACCGCACACGUGCUUCUUACUUGAGAUCUCCGGGUUUGACAUCGACGCGAAGAUGUCUUCGAAGAGUGAAUUAAAAAAAUUAUCAGAAGAAAGUCUGACGAGACAGCCAGAAGAAGUGUUUGAUGUUAUAUGCAAAUUAGGAGAAGGGUCCUAUGGAUCAGUUUAUAAAGCACUGCAUAAGGAAAGUGGACAAGUACUCGCUAUUAAACAAGUACCAGUAGAUACCGACUUACAAGAGAUUAUUAAGGAAAUUUCAAUUAUGCAACAAUGCGACUCUCCAUAUGUUGUUAAAUAUUAUGGAAGUUACUUUAAAAACACAGAUUUAUGGAUUGUGAUGGAGUAUUGUGGAGCUGGUUCUGUUAGUGAUAUCAUGAGGUUAAGAAAGAAGACCCUUCAAGAGGAUGAAAUCGCGACAAUCCUGAGUGAUACUCUAAAAGGGCUGGAAUAUCUUCAUUUGAGAAGAAAAAUUCACAGAGACAUUAAGGCUGGAAAUAUUCUUCUUAAUAAUGAAGGCCAUGCAAAGUUGGCUGAUUUUGGUGUAGCGGGUCAAUUAACGGACACCAUGGCUAAACGUAACACAGUCAUUGGUACACCAUUCUGGAUGGCACCAGAGGUAAUACAGGAGAUCGGUUAUGAUUGCGUGGCCGAUAUUUGGUCUCUGGGAAUAACGGCCUUAGAAAUGGCCGAAGGCAAGCCGCCAUACGGCGACAUACACCCGAUGAGAGCAAUAUUUAUGAUUCCGACUAAACCACCACCUAGUUUUAGAGAACCUGAUCAGUGGAGUCCAGAGUUUAUUGACUUUGUCAGUGGGUGCCUUGUAAAAAAUCCCGAAGAAAGAGCCACUGCAACUGAGCUUUUGCAGCAUGAAUUCAUAGGCAAUGCUAAACAGCCUAGUAUCUUGAGUCAAAUGAUUGCUGAGGCUCAUGAAAUACGAGAAAAACAGAAUGUACAUAGAGCCCACAUUAUAAACAAUGUGGCGAUUAAAAGUCAAAACCAAGCAGAAGAUUCAGACGAGGACGAUUGUAGUGGAACUAUGAAACCAUUACCAGAAGAUAGCAGGACUUUGGUACCAAGUCAUGAUCUUCCAGACACGGGUACUUUAGUUUCAGCGAUGUUGGACUUGGGUACAAUGGUUAUUAAUAGUGAUACCGAUACUGAAGCUACUAUGAAGAGACAUAAUACUGGUUCUGUAGAAUCCAGCAAGAAAUAUCGACCAUUAUUCUUAGAUCAUUUUGAUAAAAAAGAAGCACCUGAAAUCGGGAAGGGUAAUGGACAGAUGUUGGGAGCACACAAUAUAGAAAAUGCGAACCAAUUGGAGCAACAAAGUCCAAUCGAAUCUCAUAGGUUUCAAAGUCAUUUGCAACUACAGUUACAGAAUCAGAUCUCUCAUCCCAUACCAGAACAGCCAUAUAACAAUAUAUCAAAGUUUCAAAAUGUUUUUACGGAACGUGAUUUUGACUUUAGAAGCCGUAUCCUGCAGUUGAAGUUUCUCUCCUAUGAGGAACUACAGCAACGAAUGGCUAAUCUGGACGCGGAAAUGGAGCGAGAGAUCGAUGAGCUGAGAAAAAGAUAUCAGACGAAGAGACAGCCUAUUUUGGAUGCCAUUGAUACCAAGCGGAAACGUCAACAGAACUUCUAACAGUCCUCCUUUACGCGAAUAAGUGAUGAUGGAUAGACAAAGGGUGUACAGUUGUAUAAAUGAAUAGAUUUUAUUCGCAUCAUCCCUGGUUUCAUCAAAGAGAAGAACAUUGUUCCCACACCGUGAAUAUUUUACCUCAUAAAUGGACAGACGUGUAGCGAUUGUGAAUGUUUCCUGUUUACUCGCAAAUCACAAUAUUGCUUUUCUUUAUGAAUCCUGGGAUAUUAGAGUAAUAGCUAAUAGCCUCACGUCAUCAAUGUAAAUUUUACGCGAUUUAGGUGAAAAAACAAUCACAAUACUUAAUUUUUGUAUUAUGUUUACCUAUAUUUACUGUUAAAUAUAUCCUAUUCUUAUAGGGAUAUCUGAGACUCCUUUAAGGUCGUUAGAAAAUAAAAAAGAACGCAACAAGAGUGCAGAGACAAAUGCAUCAUUACAGUCGUUUUUAUCG